CCUGGCACGCUAAGGGAGUACCACCCCAAUAUACCAAUUACCAAACCUGGAGGGCAAAACCAUCUUCAGCGAAUGGACGACGACGAAUAUGCUACCAUCCGUCAUACAGAAAACAUUUAUUAUCCCUUUGCAUCGAAAUCUGAGUUUGACCUCGCAGGCUGGCUUUCAAGGGGAGCAUUAUCGCAAAAGGAAAUUGAUGCCUUUCUCCACCUCGAGCAUACGAAGAAUAAUCCACCUUCUUUCAGUACAUCUAAGGAUCUGCAAGCUCAGAUCGAAGGACUACCUAAAGUUCCUCGAUGGUACCACCAACAAAUUAGGGUCGGUUCCUAUAAGACGAAUGCACCGUUGAUGCUAUAUUGGAGGGAUGGCCUGGAAGUCGUCAAGCAUCUUUUCGCCAACCCAGUCUUUGCGCCAUGCAUAGAUUUUCAGCCAUAUCAAGAAUUCGAGGCGUUCACUGUAUUAACGACAAGUCGUCAGGAUCAGCUUCCUCCAGGCCAUUCAUUUGUUGGUGUAAUUGGCGCUUCAGACAAGACACCCCUAACGAUCGGAACCGGAAACAAGGAGAUGCAUCCCCUGUUGAUCUCACUUGCUAAUAUCCAUGCGGGUGUUCGCAUGAAAGCAACAUCACAUGCGUUCGCUUUGGUCGCCUACCUCCCAAUACCUAAAUUUCUCAACGUCUCGAGGCCUGUUCAUGCAAUUUUAUCUGCACGAGUCUAUCAUUUCGCGAUCUCAAUUGUCACCCGUAAUUUGAAGAUUGCCGCUCGUGAUGGCUGCAUCAUGUCAGACCCAAGAGGAGAUCUGCGCAUGAUUCAUACCCCUUUGGUUGCCUGGAUAGCCGACUACCCUGAGCAACUCCUUAUUUCAUGUACUGCCUCGAAGCGCUCACCAAUCUCCCUCGCCGUUUCUGCACAAUUUGGGGACCCUCUUCCGCACCCUCCUCGAACUCGUUCGCACACUCUUGACGCUAUUGAAACGGCAUGCACAAUUUCUGACCCCUGCGAUAUUGCGUCCUUUUAUAAGACGUGUCAGUCACUGCAUCUGAAUGGCGUAGUUGAACCGUACUGGAUGGAUUGGGGCGAUGCAUGUCCAUCCCGCUUUUUAACGCCGGAUGCCCUUCAUCAAUGGCACAAGUUCUUCUUCGACCACCCCAUUACUUGGUCUGUAAAUAUCAUGGGGGGAGCGGAACUCGAUCGUCGGCUAUCAGCUCUUCAACCUCGUGUAGGUGUGCGCCAUUGGGCAAACGGUGUAUCUAAAUUGAAGCAGCUGACUGGUCGAGAGCAUCGAGACCUUGAGAAGCUCCUUCCUGCCGUCAUCGUUGGUGCUGUUCCCGAUAAUGUUGCAUGCGCACUGCGCGCUAUCACAGAAUUCAUAUUUCAAGCUCAGAACCUCUUCCUCUACGAAGAAACGUUACACUCUUUAACUGAGGCCUUACGCGAGUUUCACCACUACAAGGCUUCCAUCAUAACAGCUGGCGGUCGCCGUGGCAAGAACGGUCCCCUGAAUCACUUUCAGAUUCCGAAGCUGGAGUUGAUGCAACAUGUCACCCAGAGUACUCGCUCUAUGGGUGCCCCAUAUCAAUGGAGCAGUGAUAUCACUGAGCGCUGUCACAUCACCCAUGCGAAACGACCUUACCGCAUGACCAACCGCAAGGAUUUUCAUGGUCAGUGCUGCCGCUUCCUCGAUCGUCAAGAAAAACUGCAAUUCUUCCAGCUCUACACAGUUCUCAAAUCGCAGCGGGCAAGUUUAAUAUACGAAAUGUCAAGAGAAGCACACGCAAUGACGCUCCACUACCCUGAAGCAACCUGGAUCUCUACUGUUCUGCCUGAUGAGCAGUAUGUCGGUGCCGGCAAACCAAUCACUUCACUAUUCAUCAAAGAUCGCUCUCAUAUUUCUUCUGACGACUCUGUCGCAAUCCUGCUUGCUUGCCGUCCGCAUUAUCCCAACUUAUCUAUUGAAGAAGCCUCUCAGCUUUUUCGCAUUCCUGAUCUCCGUUCAGUGCUGGGUGAUCUGAUCUCUGGUAGAUCUUACCUCGAGCGCAAUGGAAGACGAGUUUGUCGCCCCAACUGCUCCCUUUCCUUUGAUCACCUUCGUGUUUGGCAAAAUUUUCGCAUACAGCGACGCUCCAUGCAAGAUGCCCGUGUUGUUAGUCCUGCUCAGACCGUUCAGGCGCUACCACCAAGCUCUUUGAUGCCAUUUGGAAGAGGAAAUACCGUCCUUAUUUCUCACGAAAGUGGUGAACUGCUUUCCCCAGCAGUAUCCGAACGUUAUGCCGUUGUCCAAGUCAAAUCUAUCCUCCAGCCUAUUACUAAAGCCCCCCAUCUGAACCAGCCUUUCCUUUAUGUCGAAUUCUUCAACUUUUCUCAUUCAUUAGUCAGCACCUUCGACGAGCUUCGUAUUGUUACUCCCGCGCCUGUGACUGACAUGUUCUUAGUUCACCACCGUGUUCGAUCCAACAACACUGCUUUGGGAGACAUCGUACCUCUGGAAAGUGUACGUCAGAUUAUCCAGCUAAUUCCCAAGUUCGGUCGAGAGGUAUCAGCGAGCAUGAACUGCGACAAUAGUCUGCAGCUGGCACGGGAGUUUUAUGUGAAUAAUUUUGCAGAUAAAGAGACCUUCCAUGCUAUUCUCAGUUACCAGUAGUUUCUUGAGCCUGUACUAUCGCUAGUUUCCCU